UUAUGUUUAUUUAAACAGAAUAUUUUGAAUUGUAACGGUGACUUUAUAUGGAUAGUAUUUACUUAUUUUUAAUUGAAAUUAAAUUUUAUUGUUUUAAUGUUAUUAGGCUAGAAAUUUAUAAAAAUAUAACAUUAUUUUAGUAAAUUGUUUAAAACAUAUAAUCUAAAAUAUAAACUAAAUAUAUGCAAAAAUAAAAAAAAACAAAACAUAUUAUUGAGGUUAUGUUACAUUUGUCGAUUUCAUUGUAUUAUUUGAGUUUUAUUAUUUAUAUAUAACUAUUGAUAUGGAAAAACAUUUUGCAGCAUUAAAAUUAUUCGAUUCAGAUUCUGAUAAAAUAUUAUCAGAAGCACUUAAUUGUUCUGAAACGCCAUCUUCUCAUCGAAUUUGUUUAAAUCAAAUUUAUCGGUCUAAAAGUCAGUCUAACUUGGUUAGACAAUAUAGUUAUGAACAAAUUUUUAAUGAAAAUAUAACUUCAAAACAAAUAAAAUUACCAGAAUUUGCGCAAACUGAUAAUAAAGCUAUCAAUUAUCAAACAACGGAAUUUUAUUAUAGUCCGAAUAAAUCUCUUAAUAGACAAUUUUCCAAAAGUAGUAAUAUAUUACAAGCACCAAAAUUUGUUUUAAACAAAACAUCAAAUGAAAUAUCCUUUAGUGCAAAUAAUAUAAAUGAAUCAAAGUCUUUGUUGUAUUGUCCUAUAAAAAAUACAAUAACAAAUGUGACAGAUACAAAAAAAGAAGUUGAAGAGUUAUCAUCUGUGAAAUUAAAUAAUUGUGAAGAAGUACAUACUAUAUCAGAAGUAAAAGAUGUUACAAAAAUUAUAGACGAAAAGACAUAUCAAAAUAUAAAAAAGAAGUUCAGACCAUUAGUAAUGAAGAAUAAAAUUGCUCAAAAAAAAAAGACAAAUAUGUGUUAUUAUAGUUGUUUAACUUUAGGUAUAUUACCAGUACUUGCAAUCAUAUUUGCAUUACUGUUAGAUUUAAAUCUACCCACAUUUUGUGAUCGUGCUAUGAUUUUUUCAAAUGCUAGUCAAGAAUUACAACAAAAAAUACAUGGACAGGAAAAUGCAAUUUCACAAAUUAUUAAACAUUUAAAUCAAGAUUUCUUUUAUUUGAAAGUUUUAUGUCUCAUAGGUGGAACAGGAGUUGGGAAAUCUUAUACUGUCGGUACAAUAGUAAAACAUUUUCCUUUUAGAGAAGCAAUUCAUACAUAUGAUGCACUGUUAGAUUAUUCUAUGGACAUGAACAUGUUAAAUUCAUUACCUUCAUAUCAAUUAUUUAUUGUGGAAAAUUUAAAAAUAAAAGAUUUGGAUGUCUUUUCUAACAUACUAGAUGCGCUAAGUCAAAAAAGAGAUAAAUGUAUUACAAUAAUAGCAAUUUUUAAUGUAGAAGAAAUAAAUGAUAACUUAGAAAGAAAAAUAGAUUUAACACAAAGUACAAAUAAAAUUCAAGAAAUAUUGAUUAGGAAAAAAAUUGAUAGUUUAAUUGUUCCUUAUCAACCUUUGAGUGAAGAAACAUUACAGACUUGUAUAAUAGAAGCAGCAACAGCUAGUGAUUUAACACUUACACUGGAUCAAAUAAAUGAAAUCAAAGAAAGUUUAUUACAGUUUGGCAGUGGCUGUAAAGGAGCCUAUGCUAAGGUACAAAUUAUUGAUAAACACUAAAGGUCAGUUAUGAAUUUUCUGAAAUAUACAUUUUCUUUUCUCUAAAAAAAAAAAAAAGAAAGAAAAUGUUCAAGACUAAAAUCUAUAAAUUUUGCUCAAGAUAAUCAAUAUUUUGCAUUAAUAGAAGAAAUAUAUUUAUAUAUUUUAUAUGUUUCUAUAAUAGAUAUAAUAGAUAUAAUAUUGCUGUCAUUUAUAAACUAAUUAUUGAAUAUCAAUCAAAUGUAAAUUAAUUAAUAUAUCUUUAUAUAAAUAUCCCUCUUAUAUAUUAUUUCAUAUAGUGCUAUCACUUUUAUAUCAAUUAAAUAGUACAUAAUAUAAAAUUACAAAUUUUGAUUAUUUUAAAUUUAAAGAAGAAAUACUGUAUUAAUAUAAAUUAUAUAAAAAGUAAUUAAAUUAUUUUUUUUACAUUAAACAUGAAUUAAUAUAUGUAAAUUCAAGAUUUUACUUUCUAUAAAAAAGUUUUUGAAAGAAAAUGUACUUUUUUAUCAGAAUAAACAGAAUGAAAUGUAUUUAAAUGUAUUAAAUGUAUUUAUUUUAGUUUUUUUUUUUUCAAUGAAAAAGUAAAGAAAUAUUUUAAAUUUAGCAUAUGAUUCUUAUAGUGAUAUUCGUAAAAAUUAAUUUUUUCUUGAAAAAAAAUAUCGAUCCCUAUAUUUCAUCGAUAAAAUAGUGAUUAUAAAAUUCCAUUCAAUAGAUUCUAUUUCCAAAUUACCCUUAAUACAAGCUAUUGCCAAUGUGAAUCUAUACAUACCAAAAAUAUAUAUAUUUAAUUCUAACAAUCGAUCCAUAGAUUUACAUAAAAAAAUAUAUAGAUUAUGGAAUAUUGAUUUUCCUAUAAUAAGUCUUUAUAAACAAUCGAGGGUACUAAUUUGAUAUAAUUUACUAUAUUCAUGUAACAAGUUUUUAAUUAAAUCAUUAUCAUAAAGUCAGAUUAAUAAAGUAUUUGUGAUUCUAUAUUCUAUAUUUCUUAUUCUUAUUCUUUUAUAUAUAAAAACAACGAUUGCUUCGAAAAAUGAAGCAAAAAUCGACAAUUAAUAUUUAUGUCAUAAUGAUAGAGAAUGAUCUUUAUUAUAAUAGUGAAUAAUUUCUUAAUUUUUUAUAUUUUUAUUGCAAAUGUAUAUCAAAUAUUCAUAAUAAUAAUAUUAUUUUUUUUCAGAGUUAUAAUUCAAAUCAAUAUAAACUUAAUAUUUGCUUACAUAAAAAUAUAUUUUUUAUAUUUAAUUAUAUUUUAAUGUAUAAUUAUAUUAUUGCAUUAUUCUUUUUUGAUAUAUGUUAUGAUGCAUAUAAAGAAUAUGAAAAUACAAGUUUUUCAUUAAUAUUUAUUUCUAUUCGAUACGAUUUAUUUUUUGGUAAUUUAGCAGUACAUUUACAUUUUUUUUAUCAGUUACAAGAUUGUAUUGAUUAUAUCUCCGAUUUUUCUCAAGAUUAAUAUUUCAAUUCAUGUGACACAAUAUUCCAUAAAAAGUUAUAUCCACGUUGUAUCUUAUCUUUCAAAACAUAAUUCUGGAGAUACAGUAACAUUUCACUUUCUGAUGGCAAAUGUUUGAAUCAUUGCGUGUCAAAGCUUAGUAAGAAAACACCACCGAAGCAACUGUUACGUACUAUUUAUGUCAGUAUAAUCAUUAUUGUUACGCAAAACCAUAACAAUCUAAUUCGUAAUUAUAUCAAUAUAUAUUCAUUGUUUUUCCUUUUUACUUUAAAAAUGCUUAUUCUUUAAUAAAUGAUGCUUCUGUUU